AAGGAGAAAGAGGGAAGAAAUGGGGGUGAAGAAUUUGUGGGAUAUUCUUCAACCUUGCGACAAGUCUCUGCCUCUCCACCGUCUCCAAAACAAGAGGGUGGGCAACUCGUCAUAGAUCUCUCUCGUUGGAUUGUUCAACUUCAAAAUGUUAAAAAUUCGCUCUGCGCCGUCAAGGACAAACUCUAUCUCAAGGGUCUCUUCCGGUUACCCCACGUCAAGGCCCUCAUCGCCUUGAAUUGCAGCCUUAUUUUUGUUACAGGGAGCAAUGGAUAUCUACAGAGAGAGAAUCAGUUUUGGCAACUCAAUGAGGCAUAAACAAGGCCCAAGUGCCACGCAGCAGAUUCUGAUGUAAUACAUAGGUGAGUUAGUUAUGCCAGUUUUGUUACUGCUAUCAUAUAUGUUAGCUGUUAGUAGGAGACAUCAAACAAGUGUCAUUGAUCUGAAUUUUUCAUUUACAUUUCUCUGCCAUCCUUUCCGCAUCUCUUUGUGUAUUAACGCCUUUCUAAAAGAGCUUAGGAUGAAAGUAACAUGCACGGGCAUAGAUAAUUGCACUUUAUGAGAAUCUAUAUUGAAUCUAACUGUCUGUUUGAACGCUUCAUUUGUACAUUUGUUGUAGAUUUCAACGUCUACCCUACCACAAGUUAUGGAAGCUUUUUUAGAUAGAAGUUACCGGUAUCCUCUAUAUCCAAUACAAUCCUUGAGGAAAAUGGUUUCUCUAUGCAGUAAUUAAACCUCUAAAGGGUGGUCCAGGAGAUAUUUAUGAUGAAAUAACUCUGAAUUUUCUUAUGGGGAUAUAUCUUGAAUAUUUCUUAAGGUGGUAUUAUUUCAGUUAUUAUUGGCUUUGAACUAUUCAUUUUGAAAUCCUUUAAAUGAUAAACUGUUCAAUGCUCUAUGAAACGUGAGUUGAACAGAAUUUGGUAAGUUUUUUGAAACUGGGUUUUUGAAACUGGGUCUUUCUCUGCUAAAAUUCCUCUUGUUCUUUUAGUAUAACUGCCUUAUUAACAAAGGUUCUGAAUUUCUUAUUCUUUUGUGGAAAUCGGGACCUGCAUGUUGCCAAAGCUGGAAAUGAGUUAGCCUAUGCCAAUUACGCUAGGCCUAGUCUUUAUUUCUUAUUGCCUAGAAACUAAGGCAUGCACCUUUUAACUGUUUUAUUCUUGUAGAGUUGUUGUGCAACAUCCAUUUCAGCAACUGGAACUUCAACACAUGUGCAAAACUUAUGGGGUGGCCUCCUGAGAAAACAGGUUCCUUGCUUCCUUAGAUACCAGUUAAGCACAGAAAAGUUUAAGGAAAAGAAUGUUUCAAGGUGUCAUGGGAAGAGGUAGAUGGACUUAAAAACCUCUGUAGUUCCAGCAGAUCUUGUAGAGACGUAUGCUGCAUCAUUAAAUUUGAUUAGGCUUCUUAUAUUUUAACAAAAAGUAUUUAUCUCUGGAGUUGAUAUUUUGUGAUGAUGCACUUGAGCUAUACACAUCCAGAAAACCACUAAAAAUUAAGGGUUUACUAGCUAUCUCUCCAUCUUUAUCUGAACUAGUUAGCAGCAUUUUCCUAUGAUUAAUUUAGCAGCUCAAUUUCUAUACCAUAGAUAUAAUUUGUAUUAUUUCAUUCCUGUUUAUCCAUAGUGCUUGUCCUGAAUUCACAUAAUUUGUUCAAUUUCCAUAGCCUAUGCUGAUGAGAAUGACCACAUUGGUGCUGUGUCAUAUCUUUGUAUUAUGAAUGAUAUUCAAAGAUCAAAUUCCACAGCUCUACACUAAAGUAAUUAGUGGCGACGAUGUAAAUUUCACAGAAUCACAGAGUUUGAGUAAAUACGAAUUCAGGUUAGCCAAUGUUGAGAAGAGGGUGUCCUCGAUCUGAGGCUUACAACGUAAAGGGGCAUUAGCAGCACAGUGAAUGCGUUCAGCCAUCCAUCAUCGUCAGCCAGUGAAAGCUCCUUAACCACCUUACCGUUGUCUCGUUGACAUCUCCUGAUCAGAUGGUUGUGGGGGGAGGUAGAGGUGCUAUUGAGAAUAUUAGGUAUGAAGUCCUUGGUGUCAUCAGCCUUCCCUUCUGCAAACCAUAACACGGCAUAAACGAGGUCACAAGCUGGGACCUCUAGCAACCACGUAGCUGAGUUGAAGUAUAGGAUCUCAAUGCAGAAGGUGAAGUCAGAUGUGUGGUAGCAGACCACAUUUAUGAGCUCUGAACCAUUCAAAGUUCCUCUGAGCGAGGGAUGUAUGAUGAUACGGAGUACAAAGAAAGGAAUUACCCAGUAAAGGCAAGGAAGAAGAUGAAACCUGGCCUAUUUCUGGAUUCAUAGGGUUGGAAACCUAAAGAUGUAUUGCCUUACAUUCUAUUUGGUGAGUGCUUAAUUAGUGUCUCAGCUUAAUGUAUAGGGGGAAAAGGACUUAGUGUGUGAACUCAUAAAUUAAUCUCUUGCGA